CCCUCUUGCUGGCUUGAGUCUAGGGUCAGCAUGAUGAUCUCUAUGUCCACAGCAUCUCGCGUCGUCAGGACGGGCCUUCAACGACGAUGGCUACACGCGAGCAGAGCGCGUCUCGCCGUGUCGAAUCUCCAGAUGCCGGCCAUGUCCCCAACGAUGACCGAGGGCGGCAUCGCGUCGUGGAAGAAGGGAGAGGGUGAAGCCUUUGCCGCGGGCGACGUCCUGCUCGAGAUCGAAACGGACAAAGCUACGAUCGACGUUGAGGCCCAGGACGACGGCGUACUAGCCAAGAUAAUAGCACCGGACGGGACGAAGAACAUCCCCGUAGGCAAGGUCAUCGCCCUCCUCGCCGAAGAAGGCGACGACCUCUCCAAUCUGGAAAUCCCCAAAGACGAGCCCAAGUCCUCUGCCCCACCGCCUUCCCAAUCCGCGCCUUCUCCCUCCUCGUCUUCCGCCCCGCCCACAACCGCCGCUAAAUCUUCUUCCUCUGCCCAAACUCCGUCGGGCUCUCACCCGCACAAGUUGCCCACGCACUCCAGACCGCUCUUCCCGUCCGUCCUACGCCUGUUGCAAGAGAACGACGUGCCGGACCCGGAGAAGAUUAAGGGCACCGGCGUGCGCGGCAUGCUCACCAAGGGCGAUGUGCUCGCCUACCUCGGCAAGGCCUCGAGCCCGAGCGGGACGUAUAAGGAGGAGAGCAAGUCCGAUAGCAAGCCAGGAAGCAAAUCCGAGAAACCUAAGGAGAAACCAACCCUAGAUGGCGCUGCGAUCCGGAAACUGAUCGUGUCAAGUUUCUUAGAUGCGUCCAAGCCCAAGCCGGCACCAACAGGUGCGGCAGACUUCGACUCGAUAAUCGCGGACUACCUUCCGGAGUCCAAGACUACGGCGGCAAAGAAGACGGACGUACCGCCCGCCGCACCCAAAACGGCUUCGGCGGAUUUCCUAGACGGGCUUGUCUGAAUGUGAACCCCACAUACGCGUAUUCUCGCAUAAUCAUAUAGAUUACUCGUGCUGUCUGCUGCACGACCGCGAAUAUCGUUUCGUGUACGAUGUCCGAGCGUUCACGUUACUAAGUAGGCCACCCGUGAGUAAAUUAAUGCAACACAACCAUUCAAAACC